UUCAUCUGAAACGCCAUUUCAUGUUCCGGAACCACUUGUGUCUGGUGUUCGAGAUGCUGUCCUAUAACCUGUACGACCUGCUGAGGAACACCAACUUCCGCGGCGUGUCGCUGAACCUGACGCGCAAGUUCGCCCAGCAGCUGUGCACCGCGCUGCUGUUCCUGGCCACGCCGGAGCUGAGCAUCAUCCACUGCGACCUCAAGCCCGAGAACAUCCUGCUCUGCAACCCCAAGAGAUCCGCCAUCAAGAUCGUGGACUUCGGCAGCUCCUGCCAGCUGGGCCAGCGGAUAUACCAGUACAUCCAGAGUCGCUUCUACCGCUCGCCGGAGGUGCUGCUGGGGAUGCCGUACGAUCUGGCCAUCGACAUGUGGUCUCUGGGCUGCAUACUGGUGGAGAUGCACACGGGAGAGCCCCUGUUCAGCGGCGCCAACGAGGUCGACCAAAUGAAUAAAAUCGUGGAGGUUCUGGGCGUCCCUCCCAGUCACAUCCUGGAGCAGGCUCCCAAAGCCCGGAAGUUCUUCGAGAAGAUGACUGACAGCUCGUGGUGUGCGAAGAAGACCAAAGAUGGCAAACGGUAUAAGCCCGCGGGCUCCCGGAAGCUGCACAGUGUUCUGGGCGUGGAGGCGGGCGGCCCGGGCGGGCGGAGAGCCGGAGAGUCGGGACACGCCGUCGCAGAUUACCUGAAGUUCAAAGACCUGAUCCUGCGGAUGCUGGACUACGACCCGAAGACCCGCAUCCAGCCCUACUACGCGCUGCAGCACAGCUUCUUCAAGAAGACUGCGGACGAGGGCACCAACACCAGCAGCAGUGUGUCCACGAGCCCGGCGCUGGAGCAGUCGCAGUCGUCCGGCACCACGUCCAGCACCUCCUCCAGCUCAGGAGGUUCUUCUGGAACGAGUACCAGCGGCCGCGCCCGCUCCGACCCGACCCAUCAGCACCGGCACAGCGGAGGACACUUCAGUGCUGCAGUGGGCAUGGACUGCCACAACCUCUGCCCACAGGCGAGACAGGCGUUCGUGCCGGCGCUGGGCUGGGUCGGGGGAGACGGGCUUCAGCAGGCGUCAGGAGAGACCCACCCCGUCCAGGAGACCACCUUCCACGUGCCCCCCCACCAGCCCAAGGCCCUGCACCCCCACCCCCACCACCACCACCACCACCACCCGCCUCAGCUCGGCCAGGGCCCGGCCCGGCCCCGACCCCGCCUCUACUCCCCGUCCCACAGCGCCUCCACGCAGGACUCGCUGGAGGCCACCCACACACACCUGUCCAUGACCUCGCUGUCUUCCUCCGCCUCGUCCUCCUCCACCUCCUCCUCCUCCACCGGACACCACCACUACUCCUACCAGAGCCGGCCGCUGCCGCACGCGCUGGGCUUCGGCCACGCCGGGCUGGGGGCCUUCUCCAACCCGCGGCAGGAGACGGGCGUGCCGGGCCACUCCAGCUCGGGCCCGGGCCACUACAGAGCCGAGGCCCACAUGGGGCUGAGGCCGGGCCUGGAGCGCGAGGAGUCGCCCAUGGCGGGCGUGUGUGUGCAGCAGAGCUCCGUCGCUAGCUCCUGACUAGCCUGAGGACGCCAGACUAGCGCCGCCGAGCCGGGCCUCGGAUGGCUUCGGAUGCUCGUUCACACACACACACACACACACACGCGUGCGGGAGACGGCCGCCCCCUUUUCUUCUUCAUGUCGUGCGAUGGUGUGCUUGGAGCAGAGCUUUCCCAGAGUGCAAUGAGAGGUGGUUCUUUAAUAUGGCCUUAUCGUUACGGACUGAAGGAAGACCGACGAGCCGGACGUUUCUCUUCGUCUUCUUCUUCUUCAAGUGACAAAAGCUUUCGUGUUUUCGGGCGGCGUGCGAACACCCUUCAUUGGCGACACACACACACACACACUCGAGAACGGUGAUUUGAGGCCUUUCUUACCCAGAGUUCCUCUGUGCCGCAGGACUGCCGUGUCCCUCCUCUUCUUCUUCUUCUCUCACGCUUCAGCUCAUUCGCUCUGAUUUGCGCAUGUGUGUUUUACCCCCCCGCCCACCCGCUUCUUCUUGAUUUGGCUUCACGAUUAUGCUGUGAAUUUUACACCACUUUUUUUGUUUCUCCCUUUUGAUAAUUUAUUGUACCAAAGGCGUUUUUUUUAUAGAACAUAGAUGUCUGUAACCAAUAAUGUAGCAGUUCUGCACUUUGAAGCGAAGGUGUGUGUCUUGUCGUGUCAGUGAAGGACUGCCAGAACUGAAGUGAUGACGUUUGGCCCGAUCCUGGAGGCCAUGGCUUAGAUUCUCUCGCUCUGUGUUUCUUUCUCUUCAUUUGCUCUUAUCGGCGGUGUGCGUGACACGAGCUCAGGCGUCCCGUCGGUGUGUGUGUGUGUGUGUUCUGUCGGUCGGUUCGGUGGACUCGAGCUGCUCGGCUGGUCCCAGAGCAGAUGGACAGUCGGAGAUCUUCUCUCGGCAGCGAGUGUGUGUGUGUGUGUGUGUGUGUGUGUGUGUGAGACGGUUCUCUAGGGUUCCUGUGGUCACGGCAUACGGAGGGAGUCCAAGAAACAGGCUUCAGGUGUUUACUUUGUGACCCCAUUUUAAUAGCUGAAAUAGAAUUUAUGUACAUAUUUAUAUUUUUUUAAUAAAGGAAGUUUAGAACUCACUACUUUUUUCCUAAUGGUAUUUUGAGUACAUUUACGUCAACUUGGUAACAUGCAGUGGAAGUUCUCUAUGGUAGUCAAUGGGUAUCAGUGCUUCCAGGCCAAAGUAGUUGACGACGACGACGCUAGUACAAAUGCAAAACUCUAGGGUUGAAACGGGACGGAGAGUAGAUCUUUAUACUUUAAUAUUGUAGACAGGGUAUGGUGUGUGUUGUCGGCCGGCGCCUCAUGCUCGUAUACUCCAGCGUGACCUAGUAUACGUAGUACAGGAACUAACUUUACGUUUAGUUGUGUUCUUAUGGCACACGCUUCAAUAAAUGGGUCCAUUUGAAAGCAGAGGUGUGUGUGUGUGUGUGUGCGUGUGUGUGUGUGCGCGUGUGUGUGUUAGACAACAUCAACAGCGUUUCAGGUCACACUCUAUGAUUUGGAAACUCCCUGGUCCGACUCUCCCCUCGGCUUCCCGUCCGGUUCGCAUCCACUCCUCGUUUGGGUCCAGGACAUGUGGUGGUGGUGCUGAUGAUGUAAACAGAACGACGACAGACGGAUAUUUCGGAUCUUUAUCCACAGGUUGUAAGAUCAGGACUUUCUGUGUAAAUUAAACGUGUCACUGAGGGGCAGUAAUGGACAAACCCUUUGUACUAUAUUCAAGCGGUCUUAUGUAUGAUUAUAAAAAAAACAAAGUUGCUCAACUUG